GCACAAUGGACGGGGAUCGCUUUACAACAGGGCUACGCCCCACUCCCUUCUAGACGUAAGUAUCACAUAUACCACGUCAUCCCGCAGUUUCCACAGCCAGCAGAGUUGUCGUCUAACAAACAUUCUUUUCAUUUGAAAUCGGGUCAAUCUAGUUUCGCACCAGUGAUCUGUGCGUCAACGUCAGACAUCCGUGUCAACUUGACUUACCUGACCCGUGUGUUAUUGUCUACCUGUACAUUCACUAGACAAUUAUAUAUUAUUGUUCACCGCAAAAAUUUCAAAAAAAUCCCACAACAAAAACAUUAGAACUAAUGCAUUCUUUAUUUACCGGACCUACAAUUUAUUGAUGAUGUAAUUCUAUACCUUUGAAUGGCGAUAUCCAUAACGAAACCAUCGGGGAAUUUAGUGGUUUUUAACAGGACUGCCAUACGAAACAAAAUACACCACUCCUCAUAGUUUUAUAUUUCACGUCACUGCCCUAGGCCUUACCCGAGGACAGGUUUAUUCGUAACAGCUUACCCUGUGCAGCGAGAACCAGGGGUCAUACAGAUAUAACUUAAAGUUAAAGCUAAUAUUUUCGUACAGUAACUUAUAUACGUGGGUGAAAUGAGGAUGUUAAAUUAACAGAUCACAUACAGAGUUUUGUGAGCCCGAACGUAACGUUACGGGUAAUGAUUGCGACGUUCUGAUCCUGAAGGUGUGAUAAAAUGGAUACGGUAGUCACAUGGAUGUUGAUGGCAGUGUUUCGAGUUCUCCUGGUAGCCGAGUUAUCACUGGGUUACAAUAACGUGUGCCCAAAAGAGAAAACAGAGAAUUAUACAGUUAUCAAUAUGUGCAACAGCGACACCAUCAUCAAGACUGACCAUCUGUUCCUGGAUAUAUUCAUCCCUGCAUCAUCCAACAACAGCAACAACAACACCGACUGCAGCUGUACACUGCAGGCAACAGAACACGUCCAGAUCGGUGUCAGCAGCAUCAUCAUGCCGGUUGCGCCAUGCGAGUCGACCGUAACCGUGUUCAGUGACCCUCGUCUGAAUAUGACCUGCGGGUACCCCCAGGAGACGCCGUUUCGCAACAUUGGAACUGGGGAUCUUAAGAUUCAACUGGUGACGUCAGAGACUCAUAAAAAUGUCACCUACUGUUUGGGGAUAUUCGUCAAAUCGGCUUCAGGCAACUUGAGUAUACAGUGUUUUACCCCGCCUUCAGCGACCACCUCAUCCACACAAACUUCUACUACUUCACCCACGACGUCAUCAAUGGCGAAGACCACACCCGUUGUUUCGUCUUCCGCCACAACGGCUAAAACCCUAACGACAACAUUGUCAUCACCAGACCCAGAAAGUUUUCCAGUUGCAGCCGUCGCCGGUGGUGUUGCUGGUGCUGUUGCUGUUCUGAUCGCAGUGAUUGUCGUCUACAUCGUAUACAAGAGGAGGAAGACCAAAGGAUACAACAUAAGAAAGAUAGACUCUGUUCUGAGGGAACAGUCAGAAGGAGGAAGACCAAAGGACUGGAGAUCUGAAAGAUAGACUCUGUUCUGAGGGAACAGUCAGAAGGUGGAUGGAUGAUUCUUGGUAUUUUUGCAAAUCAGUCCUAUUUUGGAUCGGAAACUUUUUCUUUGAUGACAAUCCAGCAAUAUAGAAUUAUAGAUGGAUCACUAUAGUGGUUAACGCCCAGCCGUAAACAAAAAAACAACAAAACCAAACCAAACCAAAAAUUAACUAGAGAGAGAGAGAGAGAGAGAGAGAGAGAGAGAGAGAGAGAGAGAGAGAGAGAGAGAGAGAGAGAGAGAGAGAGAGAGAGAGAGAGAGAGAGAGAGAGAGAGAGAGAGUGUGUGUAAGUGAGAGAGAGAGUGUGUAAGUGAGAGAAAGUGAAAAAAUUGUUGUUUUCAAUAAAUAUUUAAAUACUUCUGGGUAUCUGGGUAUACACGAUAACAUAGCAAAAGUCUACCAAACGUUGACCAAUGGGAACCAUGUAAAGUAGUCAAAUCCAACAUGGCGAACAUUAUACUAUAUUAUGGACUUAACAGAAAAGACAUAUAAUGGCCUAUCCCAAAGCAAUAUGCGACAGAAAUGAUUGCACAUGUAUUCAUUCAUGGAAGACCCCCUAACACCAUAGUAAAAUAUACUUUAAUAAUAUUAUUAGGGGAAGCGAAGUAGGUCAAAUAUGCUAGUUUAUAUUAAUUUUGUCGCUGGAUCAAGGGAAAUCAGAAUGAUGGUCAUAACUUGAUGAAAAAUCAUUCAAUCAAGACAAACAAGGUGUCUAACCCUAGGGUUUUAGGGUAAGGAAGCCAAAUACGUUAUUUUAAAGUGACCCGAAUAUGUUGCGUUAUACACACACACGCGCGCACACGCAUACACGCACGCACGCACUCAGUGUCGAUAUGUUGACCAAAAUGAAUGGUUGAACCUGCUAUAAUGGCCAGAAAAUGACAAUGCCCACUAUUUGUUGUCCAAGAAAUACAUAAUAUAUUGUCCCAGUCACAAUAUAAAGUUAUUAUCUUAUUUAAGUUGAAACAAAACAGAUACAUGCUCCAGUGUAUUAUUAAUCAUAUUUGCCUCUUAUAUCUUUAUAUUAUUGCCGGUGUAAACGGAAUGCGAGUCCGUAGGAACAGUUGUCUGCCCGGACUUAAUCUCCUAGGAAUGCAGGUCCUAGGUCUAAUAUACCUAGGAAUGCAAGUCCUAGGACUUACGUUCCUUAGGAAUA